AUGUCAAAAGCAUCAAUACAGAAAGUUAAACAAAAAAAUAAAGUCACUAUAGAAGUUGACGAUUGGCAAAUAAAGGAGAUUAAGCUGGUACAUAAGGAAGUAACUGGAAAUGAUUGGGCAGUGAUUCGCAUUGCAUUUUUGUCAUCUACUUUAAUCGAAUUGAUUAAGCAGAGAUCCCAGAAAGUGAAUGGAAGAAAUGCGUACACUAUACAGCUGAAUGAUAAGAAUCUGCGAUAUGUAGUCGUCGACAAUACCCUUGAACGAUUCAAGCUAAAGAACGUAGCAAAGAAUAGAAAGAUGACGGAUUUGACUUCAGUCUUUGUUGGAUUCAGGACAAGAGAGCAAUCAAAAUUUAUAAAGAACAAAUUCAUCGAGGCUGGUAGUGAAGCGCGUUAUUCCUUAACUUAUAUGUAUUUGGAGAGGUACAAUCAGCAGACUAGUUAUCAGACAAGUCAAAAUCAUCAACAGAUAACAGCAACUGCAAUGUCAUUACCUCCAUUUCCUCGAUUUCAAUCAUAUAACGCUCCUGUAACACCAUCCAACAGUAUCAAUGCUUUAGGAAGCGGUUAUAUGGAUUUGAGAAGUCAGUUGGACGAGAGUCGAUUAGCAAUGCAGCGCAACAAUAUAGUUAGAGGACUAGCUAAUCAAAGCAUGAUCAUUCCUGAGCUAUUGCUGAGGCAAAUAAAGGAGAUUAAGCUGGUACAUAAGGAAGUAACUGGAAAUGAUUGGGCAGUGAUUCGCAUUGCAUUUUCGUCAUCUACUUUAAUCGAAUUGAUUAAGCAGAGAUCCCAGAAAGUGAAUGGAAGAAAUGCGUACACUAUACAGCUGAAUGAUAAGAAUCUGCGAUAUGUAGUCGUCGACAAUACCCUUGAACGAUUCAAGCUAAAGAACGUAGCAAAGAAUAGAAAGAUGACGGAUUUGACUUCAGUCUUUGUUGGAUUCAGGACAAGAGAGCAAUCAAAAUUUAUAAAGAACAAAUUCAUCGAGGCUGGUAGUGAAGCGCGUUAUUCCUUAACUUAUAUGUAUUUGGAGAGGUACAAUCAGCAGACUAGUUAUCAGACAAGUCAAAAUCAUCAACAGAUAACAGCAACUGCAAUGUCAUUACCUCCAUUUCCUCGAUUUCAAUCAUAUAACGCUCCUGUAACACCAUCCAACAGUAUCAAUGCUUUAGGAAGCGGUUAUAUGGAUUUGAGAAGUCAGUUGGACGAGAGUCGAUUAGCAAUGCAGCGCAACAAUAUAGUUAGAGGACUAGCUAAUCAAAGCAUGAUCAUUCCUGAGCUAUUGCUGAGGCAAAUAAAGGAGAUUAAGCUGGUACAUAAGGAAGUAACUGGAAAUGAUUGGGCAGUGAUUCGCAUUGCAUUUUCGUCAUCUACUUUAAUCGAAUUGAUUAAGCAGAGAUCCCAGAAAGUGAAUGGAAGAAAUGCGUACACUAUACAGCUGAAUGAUAAGAAUCUGCGAUAUGUAGUCGUCGACAAUACCCUUGAACGAUUCAAGCUAAAGAACGUAGCAAAGAAUAGAAAGAUGACGGAUUUGGUUCUUAUGGGUUCUUAUGAUAAAGAUUUUAGAGGAUGAAGACAUCUAUGAUAUCUCUUCAAAAAUUGAUGACUUUAACAUUCCCAUCAAAUAUAUAUCUUAUUGUAAGACUUCAGUCUUUGUUGGAUUCAGGACAAGAGAGCAAUCAAAAUUUAUAAAGAACAAAUUCAUCGAGGCUGGUAGUGAAGCGCGUUAUUCCUUAACUUAUAUGUAUUUGGAGAGGUACAAUCAGCAGACUAGUUAUCAGACAAGUCAAAAUCAUCAACAGAUAACAGCAACUGCAAUGUCAUUACCUCCAUUUCCUCGAUUUCAAUCAUAUAACGCUCCUGUAACACCAUCCAACAGUAUCAAUGCUUUAGGAAGCGGUUAUAUGGAUUUGAGAAGUUAGUUGGACGAGAGUCGAUUAGCAAUGCAGCGCAACAAUAUAGUUAGAGGACUAGCUAAUCAAAGCAUGAUCAUUCCUG